UUUAGCCCGUUAGAAUCGAAUGGUUUAUUUUUAUCAAUGCCCCUCGAAGUCAAUUGGCGAAAUUUGGUUUAGUUUAGCUUCAACGGUCGCGUUAUGUAGAUUGUUUUUGUCUGGCUAGAUUGUGAUACGGACGAGUUUUCGGAAUGGCCAAGACAUUGUUGUGGCUUUUGUUGGCCGUAGGACAACUUACUCACCAUGUCUUUGGGGCUAAUAUCCUGUGUCUUUUCGGAGUCGCGAGUCCCAGUCAUCACAUUUGGAAUCGGUCAAUAAUUGAUGCUUUGGCUGCCAAAGGACACAAUGUAACAGUCAUUUCUGCGGAUGUGGAAAAAUCUCCCCAGCAAAAUGUCCACUACAUCGAACUGGAAGAAACUUACCCCACACUUUACUCCGGAGCGCAUGCCAUCAGUCUAGUGGAAAUGGCCAAUGAGAAUUUAUUUUCAUCCAUUAGAUCAUUCUACAAGGAUUUUGUUAUUCUGGAGUGUGAAGGUCUUUUGAAAUCCAAGGGUAUGGACGAAAUAAAAAACUAUCCAGAUGAUUUUAAAUUCGAUCUGGUUCUGUACGACAUGACAUGUGGUGGCUGUUUGCUGGGUCUCUUGCACAAAUUCAAAUAUCCUCCACUGGUGAGUGUAACGCCGUUUAACAAUCCUCCCUACGUUACGGACGUUAUUGGUGGACAUAAAUAUUACGCAUAUGUACCGUUCUACUCUCUGAGCUAUGGAAGUGAUAUGUCAUUCUACCAGCGCGUGCACAAUACUCUACUACAUGUGUUUGACUAUCUAUACCGUACAUACUCUAGCAAUCCGCUUCUAGAUAAGAUGGUUCGUGAUUAUUUUAAGUACGACGAUUUACCAUAUGUACCUGAUCUUGAAAAACGGUCCAAAUUGAUCCUGGUAAAUGCUCAUUACUCUAUCGAUUUCCCCGAGCCAGCUCCCCCGAAUCUUAUUCCCGUUGGAGGUCUGCAGAUCAAGGAACCAAAGGCGUUACCCAAAGACCUUGAGGAAUUCAUAAAUGCUGGUCGCAAAGGCACUGUUUUGUUCUCACUCGGGACAAACGUAAGGACGGAAGAUUUGGGUACCGAAAAGCAGCAAAUGUUCAUCGAUGGCAUGCGUCAGAUGCCAGAUUACAAUUUCCUCUGGAAAAUUGACACUGAAACCACAGGUCUGAAGCUCCCUAAAAAUGCCAUCAUUCGUAAAUGGCUACCGCAGAACGAUAUCUUGGCUCAUCCUAAAAUUAAAGGGUUCAUAACGCAUGCGGGACUGUUGAGCACACACGAAGCCACGUGGCACGGCGUUCCGAUGAUUGGAAUACCGUUCAUAGCUGAUCAGCAUCGGAACCUCGAGAAAUGCAUCCGCCUGGGAGUGGCCGAGCGUAUUACCUUCCAGACGAUGACCACGGAACAGUUCCGCGAAACGGUAAAACACGUACUGGAAUCGAGCAAAUAUGUCACCAACAUGAAGCGGAUAUCGACACUUUUCCGGGAUCAACCGGAGAAGCCGCUGACGCGGGCCGUUUGGUGGAUCGAAUGGGCACUUCGUCAUCCCGCCGAGAACAGCCUGGAAUCACCGGUGCUGAAGCUAGGAUUCCUGAGAAGUAAUUUGGUGGAUGUUGUGCUGUUCCUUGCAUUACUUCCGGUUGGCUUUUUCUUGGUGUUGAAAAAUGUGUUUUGUAAUCAAACAAACUCUACUGUUAGUAGGGAAAGAAAAAACAAAUAACAAAUCUAAGCUAACGUUAGUCGUUUACUUCAACUUUUUAUUGGUGUCGAGUGUUUUGAUGUUAGUUUUACGAGUAUUUUUGAGACAUUUGUAACCUGCAAUAAAUACGAUCACAAUGAUCGUGGUCAACAAACUAAA